ACUCUUUCUUGUCUCGUGUACCACGCCACCAACCCGAACCCGACAAGUUAACAGUUGCUGGUAGCCUUGACUAACAUAUCAGUACCAUACCCAUCUCCCUUUCCUUAAUCUUAACAGAAACACACACUUGUUCUGUUCCUACGGUUUUGUUAUGGCUCUUCCUUCACUAUCCUUUCUCUUCAUCUUCACUUCCUUCAUCGUCUCCGUCUCACACUCAAUACCCUUUAUUGUUAUUCAUGCCUGUUGUAAUCCGUAAUUUCCAUCCACUUAAUAUUUUGGGAAUUUUUGGAACUCUCAUUGCCUGGUUGUACUUGAAUUCUGUUUUUGGUUUGCCAUACUUGAUGGCAGGAAUUGGGGAUCAGUGCUCUAAUCGUGGAGUGAAAAAAUUCACACAGCAAUUGAGCAGCUUCUCUGGUGCUGAAGGAUAUUGUGUCGAGGUUGGAAAUGGAUCAUGGGAUUCAUGGUUUGAGCCUUUGAAAGAGCAGGCUGAGAUUGUUUGUGAAAAGGUGAAGCAAAUGAAAGAAUUGAAGGAAGGAUACAACAUUGUUGGACUUUCCCAGGGAAAUUUAAUUGGUCGAGGCGUUGUGGAAUUUUGUGAAGGAGGACCUCCUGUUAAAAACUUUAUCUCUUUAGCAGGCCCUCACGCUGGUACUGCUUCAGUUCCCCUAUGUGGUUCAGGUAUCUUCUGCGUUCUUGCAGACACCCUCAUCAAGGGAGAGGUUUACAGUAGCUAUAUUCAAGAACACUUGGCUCCUAGUGGAUAUCUUAAAUUACCGAAUGCCAUACCUGAUUAUUUGGAGAACUGUAGAUUUCUUCCAGUGCUUAACAAUGAAAUACCAGAUAAGAGAAAUUCUACUUACAAGGAAAGAUUUAGUAGCUUGCAGAAUUUGGUACUUAUCAUGUUUGAGCACGACACUGUUUUAAUACCAAAGGAAACUUCCUGGUUUGGAUAUUACCCAGAUGGCUACUUCAAGCCAGUUUUACCACCACAAUCAACAGAACUCUACAUUGAGGAUUGGAUAGGCUUAAGAACUCUAGAUGAAGCUGGAAAAGUUCACUUCAUUAGUGUUCCAGGAAAUCAUCUUGGAAUCUCCCAAGAGGAUAUGAAAAAGCAUGUAGUGCCAUAUUUGAAGGAUCACAUAUUCGUACAAGAUAGUAUCAAUAAGGCUAGGUUCAGGUUGCGAGGAGUUAAUCAGAAAGUUAUUCAAAGUAAUAUGAUGGAACAAUCUCAAAAGGAGGAGGUGGAACCAUCAUCUUCCCCAUUACUUGAUGGAUCAUUGCCAUACUGGUGGCCUAUACCAUUCAAGACUUUCCUUGGUGAAUUGAUUGGCAUUAAUGAAGAGGAAUCUAUACAAAGGAAAUAAUCACAUUACACGUUAUUGUGAAACUAAAUCUAUUAAAUUGAACAAAAUGUGUUUGGACUGAUCAAAAGAUUUAUCAGAUAGAUAUAGAAAAAUAGUAUUAUAUGUUGAUAUUAGUUUAGUUGAUAAAUAUCAAAAUGCUUCACUUGGAAGUCUUAGGUUCUAUUUUCUUUGGUGAAUACUUAUGAACACCUAAUUUUGUUUGACUUCUCUCUAUUUUAUUUGUUUCAUUUUAUUUCAUUUCA